AAGGGCUGUACACACGUGUGGCUGAAGCUUUGGCCAUGGAGAAACCCGAGGAAUCCCGCCCCGUGGGGAAACCGUGGAAGUGUGGCGACUGCGGGAAAGGCUUCCGUGUCCCGUCUGCCCUGGAGAUUCAUCGGUGCAGUCACACUGGGGAGAGGCCUUUCAGCUGCCCAGUGUGCAGCAACACCUUCAUUAACUUCUACUCCCCGCAGAGGCACCAGCGGGUUCACACAGAUUUUAGAAGCUCACCCGCACAUGAAACAGUCAAUCACAUGCUCUGAGCACAGGAAGGGAUUCAUUGAUUCUUCCAGCAUGCGGACAUACGAGUGGGUCCACACCUGAGACAACCUACUCACCUGUUUUCAGUGCGGGAAUGGCUUCACCCCCUCUUCCCACCAGUGAAGACACCAGGGAGUUCAUGUGCCAUCACAGGGGGAAUUGAAGGAACAACGGCCGAGUGCCAUUAUCAACUGGACUAUCAACCCAGAACAGGGGACUCUGGGUUUGAAUCCUGCCGUGGCAGAUAUCCCGCCGUGGAAUUUGGUCAGAAAUCUGGACUUCAGAAUCUAACGAUGAAACCAUUUUCU